AUGCACCCACAUCCUAGAGGGAUAGACGAAGAAGCAGAUUUGAAGCAUCCAAAAUCGGUGGCACCAGUUUUCCGCCAUUGUCAAUCUCGUAUCAUCGACUCGAAGAAGCUGCGCACCCACAAUUCAUCCCCGGAGACUGAGGCUGAGGCUCGACGCGGCACUAGCUACUGGAAGCCCUCUCCUUGCGCAAAACCUCUCUUCUCACCUCAUUUCCAGGCGGAUAGCUAUAUUGACGUCUAUCACCAGCCGAUACUAGUAGCUUCCCAGCCAGCCCCUGCGCUUUUAACUGUGCGAUACAAAAACCCGAUGCUGAAGAGUGUGAAUCUAGUUGACAAGCCGCUGUUCACAGUCAAGCUCAGUCUCAUGCAGAGAAUCCAAAAUGUUGCGCCCCAAUUAACCCUCAAUGUUAACCUUGUGCCGUGGGAACCUAUCGUACCGAGGAAGAAGGCAGCACAAUUGACAGAGGUUAUAUCUAUAGACCCACAGCCCAGAGGGAUAGACAACGAAUUCGAAUUGAAAGACCCGAAAUCCCCUCGGUCACCUGUGCCAUAUAAAACCCCCGAGGCACAAGAGCGUACCGCACUGCAUAGGUCAUCGUUGCCAUUGAAGAUAUCGAUAUCGUCUGGUGGAGAAGCUCAAGACGCUGUCGACAAUCAACAUGCUUUUCCGACGUUUUCGAUCUCGUGUGGUCGACUUGAAGAAGCUGCAUACCCACAAUUCAUCGAUCAGCCGCGGAGGGUGAGGCUCGAUGCGACACUAGCCGGUCCUUUCCUUGCGCAAGCCCUCUCUUUUUUUAUCCAAUUUUUACGCGGCUAG